UUAUCGCGGGUGCGAGCCUCUCCAGGCUGUUAGAAUGGCUCCCGCUCACCGCGCGGCGCCAGCGUGUGUCAUGUCCCAGCUGCGUCUCUGGGGCCCACGGCCCUUCCUCACGUGGCAACUAUUGUGGCUACUAGUCCAGGAGGCUCAGCCUCUGGAGUGGGUCAAAGACCCGCUCCAGCUGACCUCUAACCCCCUGGGACCUACUGAGCCCCAGUCUUCCUGCUCCUCCCAUCUCCCAUGGGAAUCUUCCCAUGCGUCUACUCCCUCUGCUGACCUGGAGGGCUUUGAUUACGUGGCGUCGUCUGCUUCCUCCCAGAUGUCAGCCCCGCCCCAGGAAUCGACUGAAAAUUUGGUUCUGUUCCUGGACACGGAUUCAGCUGGAGAGCUGCCCCCGGGGCCAGAGCAGUUCUCGGCUGCACACCAGGAUCUAAAUGACAAGCUGACUCCGAAAAAAAGGCACCGAGAGGUGGUUCCAAUGCUGGACUGGGAUCAGAACUAGACCCUAGUUCAGCUUCCUUGCCUCAAAAGUAAGGUUCAAACUGCAGAUCUAGAUCGGGCUGCAGAUCAUCAGGCAGAUGAAAUACUUGUUCCACUAGACAG